ACCACCUCCACAAUUCUCAGCAUCUCCAAUGGCCUCUGAAGAUGACGACCUCUGUCGUUUUGAUAAUAUUUGCGAUAUUCAGGAGACACGGGACAAAGCCAGAGAAAUAUAUCGUCUAGUAAAAUCCAAUCCAAAUGUUUCCGGUCUUGGCACAGUUGCGUUGGCGGCCAUUUGCGCGUAUAUCGCGUCGUCGAGGCUUAGAAAUGGCGAUGUACAGCGCAAUCUGGCCCUUACUGCUUCAUCUCUCGCCACUAUGGCGGAUUUCGAGAUGGGUGUUUCCACAGUAGAAUAUGCUCUCGGUGGCGGCCACCAAGGGAGAAAGAGUCGUUCUAGUACCCACGGGUUCUACGAUAGGCUCAUUGAAGAGCAUAGGCUUACUGCUAUGUCGGGUUUUCUUAAGCGCUCUAUGCGUAAGGCCGAAGAUUUCCUGGUGAUGCAGGCUGUCUUCGACAUCGACAACCGGGAGAUCAAAUACGCAAUCUUUUACUGGAUCCAUGCAAUCCUAAUGCCGAACGUUCGACUCGAUCAUGAAGCCCUUCUAGAGGAGACGGGCGAUACAGGGAAAUUUGACCACAUCGUUCAGCUCCUCACCAGCCGUGCAGUACAUUUAAAGGAGCAAAUAACUGCGGAACGCAGUGAACACGUCUCAGCGCUGCCAAGUUCAUAUCCCACUCCUUCGAAAUCUCCGACUCGUGCCCAAAGAGCAACGAAGCCUGAAAAGCUUCCAACUCAUUUCGAUGCUAAUAAGGAUAUGACACCGACUCGGUCACUGACUCUCAAAAUUCCCCGACUGAGCUCUGAUAACAGUUCCUCUGGGUCUCCCGUAACGCGUACAUCUGAAGCGCCAGUACCCGUUGCUCCACUACAGGUGCUUGAGGAUCCACAGGAAGAUGGCUACGUUGACAUGCUAAAGAUAUACGGAACAAGCUUUACCGCUCGGGAUAAGCUGUUGUAUACGCUACAAACGUAUCUACGAGGGAAGAUGGCCGGUACGCGCACAUCUUUGAAGUGUCCUUGCUUGCUAAACCUGGAUAGAAUUUUACAGCUAGGCUCAUUACUUUAUUCAGCGUUGAAGCGUGAUUUAGAAGAGAAGGAAGCUACACUUACCGUUGCAAAUACCAACGCAGAGAAUUUACAGGCUGAGUUAUCCUCACUAGAAAAGCGUCUGAAAAAUAAAGACUCAGAGCUUGCAGCUGCCACUACGACAAUAACCACCUUACAAAGCGAAAUACAGCAGCAGUCGUUUAAAUAUCAACAGGAAUUUGCGACGCUAAAGAACAAACUAGAAGAUGCACAACGCUCAAAAGAGACAUGCCAGGAGCGUCAGGUGUCAGAGGCUGCAGUUCAACCGUUGGUAGAGAUGUCAGGUGUCGAAAUCGCGAAUGAUCAGCAGAUUGAAACGGACCCAACAUUGCAAUCGUCAAGAAGUGGACAAGAAGAAGCGAGGCAUUUGAGUCUUCGCAGGCAUGGAAGCGACGUGGAAGAGCUUGAAGAUCUAGAUCGUCUGCAUAGAGAUUCGCAGCAGGAAGACAUGUUUAAAGAUGAGAUUCAAAGAUUGCGAGAUGAUAACUCUGUGAUAACGGCUCGUUACAAACGCAAGAUAGAUGCACUGAAGCGUCAAAUCACUUCGGAGCGUACGACGAGACAGCAGCAGGAUAUCUUAGAGUAUCUUAGUAUCACUGCUCAGAGCGCGCAUCUGUCCGAAGCUAUUGAGGACUAUGAGCCACGCUCUGAAACGUCAAGACGCGUCCUAAUGGCCGUACGAUCGCAUCUUAAAGCCCUAGACACCAUCGGACAAAGGCGUCGGAAGAUACCUUUGAAAUAUGAUAAGCUAGUAGAGGUGGUGACGAAUAGGUACAACAUUAAGGAGGAAGAGAUGGAAGAGAUUGAGGGGCUUAAUUUGUGGGAGGUUGAUGAGGAUGAAGAACUAGAGGAUGCUGAACUGGAGCCGAGGCAUAAGAAACGAAAGGUUACAUCAGCCUAGUUUCAUAAUUCCUUUGCCUGAUCGAAAUUCUUCUCUGUGACGCAUACG